UAGCAAUAAAGUUCAUUAAGAACUAAAGAGCAGAACCAUGCUAGAGGGACUGUGCCAAUACCUGUCCAAGACAACCCACAGUCUAAAGAUGAGAUGCAGUCUAGAGAUGAAAGAAGCAGCAGAGUUGUGGAGCAAUGGGGUUUUUUACUUGAAAGAGAGAAACUAAGAUUACAAAGAAGGAAGAAAGAAAGAAAUGCAUCUGGGCUUAUAUCCAAUUGGAUUACUGUCAACCACAGCCAGCUGAGAAGGGAACAGACAGAUGUAUUGAUGGUCACUGAAAUGAGAUGGAACAAAAGACGACAACCUGAGCAGGGAAGAAAAGGUGUGCUGCUCGCCGCGUGCCACGCGCUGGAGAACACCACGGCGGCCCGGAGCGCUCCGGGCCCGCCGGUGGCGGCGGCGGUGAGGUCCCACUUCAACGACUGUCCCGACUCUCACAGCCAGUUCUGCUUCCACGGCACCUGCCGGUUCCUGGUCCAGGAGGACAAGCCGGCGUGCGUGUGCCAUUCGGGGUACGUGGGGACGCGGUGCGAGCACGCCGACCUGCUGGCCGUGGUGGCCGCGAACCAGAAGAAGCAGACGAUCACCGCCUUGGUGGUGGUGUCGGUGGUGGCCUCGGUGCUGCUCAUCGGCGUGUGCGUGCUCAUACACUGCUGUCGGCUGCGGAAGCGGUGCCGGUGGUGCCGGGCACCCGGCGGCGGCCCGGAGAAGCCGGGUGGGCUCCUGAAAGGCGGCACCUCCUGCUGCCACGCCGAGACGGGGGUCUGACGGAGCCGGGGGGGUCCCGCCGCCGCCCCUCACCCAGGAGACCCGCGCCGGGGACCAGCGCAGCAUCUCUUCUCUGGUUUUGGUCUUUUUUUUAAUUUUUUUUUUUGGUUUUCCCUUUUUUUUUUUUUUUUUUUUUUUUUUUAACUUUAUUUCCCCCCCCUACACACACACGCAGAAGACGGCAGGCAAGCGCCCCGGCAGGAGACGCGCUCGGCAGCACCGUAAGCGUGCCGGCAGCGGCAAAGCGCUGGCAGAGCCGGGCAUCGCCCCCGCCGCAGAGCCAAACCCCGGCCGGGCAACGUGGAGCUGGGGUUUGUCUUUGGAUUUGGGUUUGGUUUUCCUUUUUCUCAGAAUUAUUUUUUUUUUUUAUUUUAACCAGAACCCCCCACCCCUGCAGGAUGGGGCUUUAUUUUUCUAUAGAGACAAAAGCUCCGCCUCAGCAGUCACACGGACCCUGCUCACUUUGGGGACAGAUACGAGCUUUUUAUUAAUAAUAAAAUGAACCAUAAUCCUAGGAAACCUCCUCAGGCCGGUGCUCUAACCUCCCGGUGCAGCGUUAAUCUUUUCCGUAGUCUUUAUCAUAACCAAUCGGAAGCUUUUUUGUUUGGUUUUUUUGGUCUUUUUUUUUUUUUUUAAGUCAUGGUUACUCUCAUGUCUUCUGUAUAUGUUGCACUGAAAGUUAAUAUUUAAUGUUUUAAUUUAUUUUGUGUGGUUAAAUUAAUUUUGAUUUCUAUAAUAUGUUAUUGUGAUCAGCUGUUCUUUUUUCCCCUAAUACCUGGAUUAUAGUUAUUUAAG